CCGAUAAUUCAUCAACCAGCUCGCCCGUCGAGUUGCUUCUUAAACACGACGAGCUAUUCACCUUUUGCGUUCCCGGAUCCCCGAAUUUGGGUCGGGUACAAGCAUUUCUAGCAGAUCUGCUUCUUCCACUCCUUCUUCUUCUCCUUCUCUUUCUCACUACCCUCACUCUUCUUCUUGAACAUGUCCCUCUACCGCUUUGAUGCGAUCAGCACCGGAGCUGCAGUUGACACCUGGGCCUCCAGUGCUGGGUCCGGGGCAGAAAUCUCUUCUGAGUUGGGUUGCGGGUUCUCGUGGGCGGGGACGAGGAGAAGAGAGAGAAUAACACCGUCUACGAAUAGCUAAUCGACGAAUAGAAAUUUGAAAUUAGCUACAUAGAAACAAGGAAUGAAUGGUGUUAAUGCUUCUGAUAAGGAUUACCCAGAGUUUGUUAAGGUUGAUCCUACGGGAAGAUAUGGAAGAUAUAAUGAAAUUCUGGGCAGAGGAGCUUCAAAGACAAUAUAUAAAGCCUUUGAUGAGUAUGAAGGGAUUGAAGUGGCAUGGAACCAAGUGAACCUUUAUGAGUUUUUGAGGAACCCUGAAGACCUUAAGAGCCUCUACCGCAAAAUUCAUCUACUCAAUACCUUAAAUUAUAAUCACAUCAUGUUGAAGAAAGAUAAUCUGACCUCUCCUCUCCUCUAUUCUUUCUACCCUUUUUGUUUUUCUGAGUUUUGAAUCUUUUCUUCUUUAUCGAAGGUCUGGAGAUGGAGAGAGAGCUGGUUGUUUUUGGAAGAAGAACAUGAAAAUUGUUGGGUAAGUGAG